AUGAAACAAAUUUACAAGAAAUGGAAGCAGAGAUACUUUGUUCUAACUUACAUAGCUCCUCUCCAAAGUCAUACAUUGAAGAAUGAAAAGCAUAAAAACAAAAAGGACAAAAACCAUCAGAACAACAACUUUUCUGAUGCUGCAUCAUCCGUGGUUUCCAUGAACCCUACAAAAUCAGCUGACAUGGACUUCAACAACAACCAGCCCAACAAUAACUUGUCAUCGUACGACUUACUCACACACAAAAACAAAAAGAACACUUUGAAUUUAAAUUUCAACAGCAGUAGCAGUUAUGAACUCAAUGAUGGUACGCAGAAUAUUGGUAGGGCAUAUUCGGUCGGAAAUGUCAACAAAAUAAGUGGAAAAUCCGAAAUAACGAACCACAGAGCUGAACUGACAUACUAUGCCGACGAACUUAUGACAAAAAAGCUGGGUAGCGUCGACUUGGAAAACUGUGAGGAGGUUCUCAGUCAUUUGAAGUCCAACACUUUCCGCUACAUCUUUGCCAUUAAAACUUAUUUCAAAAAAACGCGUCCACGAACUUAUUUCUUGGUCGCCUCAACUGAAGAAGACAUGAUCGCAUGGGUCGGUCAUCUGUGCAAGUGCCUGCAAAUGGUCAACGAUGGGAAUUUCAGCAGCACAUACAAAAGUCCUGUCAACAAAAUAACAAAUUUCUACAACAGCAUCGGCCUUUUAAACAGCAGCAGCAGCAGCAACAACCACGGUUGCAGCAACAUCAGCAACAAUAACACUAACAACGACAGCAAUUCUGCGUCUACAGCAACAACGUGCACGACGAAUUUCUCAUCUUCCUCGUCCUCACAUCGUACAUCGUCAGUGAAGCAAAUGUUUCAGAGACAAAUAUCAACACUAUCUAAUUCUAGAUCUCGGAGCGUCAGCAACUCUUUAGACUCUCGUUUCCUUCCUAACAACAAUAACAACAACAUCACAAACAACGUCAACAACAACAGCAACAACUCAACACCGACUAGCAGCGUAUCAGACAUGUUGUCGUAUAGGGACGACACCAAUGCUGCAUCACCAAAUUUACAGUGGAAGCUGAAUCAUCUCAAACACCUGAAUAACACUCACCAACAGCAGAUGCAACAUUUUUAUCAGCAGCAGCAACAACAACACAUGAUACAACAACAACUGUCUCAUAACAUGGAUAACAUGAUGACUUUCUACAACUACCCAAAUCCAUACCUCCAUAAUCACGGUGGUUACGACAAUAUUUCUUCUUUACCUCACCAGAAGCCACCAAAUAAUUAUGGUCCUAUGAUUCCACCACCACCACCAAAUUUCCAAGCUUUUCUUCCAUUUUUGAUACCACAGCAACAUCUCAUGAAUCCUCCAACACACCAAUCGCAAGAUCAUCUGUAUAAUAUUCCAAAUAAGAACCAAAGCUUCAAAAAUAAUACCGCUCAAAUGCCAUAUGAUGCAAAUGUUUAUAAAGUACCCAAUCAAGGAUAUUACGAUGCACCAAACAGUCGUAAUUUUAUUCUGCCGAAAUCGAGAUUGCAGUACGACACCGAUCAAAAACUUGCCCCGCCAAAAGAUAAAAACGCCAUAUACUCCGCCCAAUUCGCAAGAAAUGUGGUUCAGCUGGUUUCAAACAUGCAUCAACAAUCAGCACGACCAUCUUUAGCACAAAAUAAAUACCGCAAUUUUGAGAAUUGCCCUUCAAAGCAAUCUGAAGCUGCCUACAUUCAAUAUGAUAUUCCAAAAUCAUUACCAGAAGAAUACUCAACGAUGUCGCAAAAUCUAAGCAGCCUGGCACCAGAGUAUGAUACUCCAAACAUGAACGUGAACUUGAGUUAUGUACCUGAAACACCUUACAACGUUCCACAACAUCCUUCAUUGUCCAUUAAUUCCGAUGAAAUCCCAUCCAAGUUGACAGAAAUGGGGAAUCAGUUAGGAAGAAUUGAUUUGAAUAUUGACCACCCGGGACCUCAAUUUUAUACAAGUCUCCCGGAAAGAAGCGAGGAAUUCAUUGAAAUGGUUCAGCGUGAAGAACCAAUCAUUGAAACUGAAUCUGAUUAG